UUAAUAUACACAUGUCGAUUGAAGUAGCCAAAGCUAUUGGAUUUGAGACAGAAGAAGUCAAGGCUUUAUGCACAGACAGAGAUGCAAUUUUAUAUUCCCUUGGUAUAGGAUAUAGUUCUGAUCCCAUGAAUGCAGAAGAACUUCCUUACACUUAUGAAUUACAUGAAGAUUUCAAAGUAUUUCCAACAUACACCACAUGUCUUCAUAAAACUGAUAUCUUUAAGGUCAACUGAAUCAAUGAUUAUUAGGCUUUGACUUCUUGCCCAGGAAUUCCAAAUUUCAAUCCAAUGAUGUUAUUGCAUGGAGAAUAGAGAAUAUAAGUCCUGAGACCUUUGAAAGCAGGAGUUGAAUACGUUACUAAAGGAAAGAUAGCCAACAUUUCUGAUAAGGGAAAAGGAGCUUUAAUAUAAUUCGAUUUAUUAAGUUCUGAAGUGGAUGCUUAAGGAAAGAAGACCUUGGCUUUUGUCAACACAUUAUCACUCUUCAUAAGAGGAUUAGGAGGCUUUGGACAUAAAGGAAAUCCAGUUGAAAACAUCCCUGCCACUCCUAAAAGACCAGCUUGCAAGGAAGUCAAAUAAGUCACAACACCAAAUCAAGCUAUAAUAUACAGAUUGUCUGGUGAUAUCAAUCCAUUACACAUUGACCCUGUAAUAGUUAUUUAAAUUGAAUUUAGAAUAUGGCUGCUCUAGGAGGAUUUGAUAAGCCAAUUUUACAUGGAUUGUGCACUUACGGUAUUUGUGCCAAAGCUGCCAUUCAGACAUUUACUUAAGUAUAAAGAGUGUAGUAAUUUUAGGGAAAUGGUGAUACUCUUAAGAAUAUGGCUGCAAGAUUUACUUCUCAUGUUUUCCCUGGAGAAACUUUACUGAUUUCUUUAUGGAAGGAAGGAACUAGAGUUUAAUUUUCAGCUAAAACUUAAGAAAGAGGAAUAGAAGUCAUUGUUGGUUUUGUGGAGUUUAAUGAGAAGGCUAAGUUAUGAAAUAAUUAUAAAAUAAAUUAGUGGAU